UGAUCUUUGGUGGCGAUGCGUGCAAACACGGGCCCCAGAGCGACAGGGGACGCCAAAAGCUAAUAAUUUGUGUCACCACUUUAACGAGGGACACUGCAUGUGGCCCAAUUGUCGGUUUACACACGAAUGUUCGGAAUGCGGAUCUCGUCAUCCGGUCAUUAACUGUCCUUUGCGCCUCCGCCCUAUCAGCGUCGCGGGGGCGCCUCGUUUUCAAAGGGGACGGGGAUUUCAUCGAUUUCGACCACGGCCCCAAUGGCGCGGGAACAACCGUGGCACCCCAAAUAGGUUCUAAAUCGAACGCUAAUUUUCCCUGUAAUCAUGACCUACUUAAUCUCGCACCAUCGCCGGUGAAUAUCAAAAUAUUACGUGAAUAUUUAACAUCGUAUAAUUCUACAGAUCGAAAUGACCUUUUAAAUGGUUUUACAAAUGGGUUUUCAAUGCAUUAUAACGGACCCAGAGUCAGUAGAUUUAGUAAAAACUUAAAGUCUGCAAUCGCAAAUGCGGACAUAAUUCAAGAUAAGAUAAAUAAGGAGAUUUUGGCGGGGAGGUUGGCUGGGCCUUUCAGCGAACAACCUUUUUCUAAUUUCAUGGUUUCCCCAGUUGGCCUGGUGCCAAAAGACACCAGGUGAAUUUAGGAUGAUUCAUCACCUUUCCUUUCCAGAGGGUAACUCGGUUAAUGACUUCAUUGAUAAAAAAUACUCAUCCGCUCAGUACACAAAUUUCGAUGAGGCGGUUCACAUGGUUCAAGAUUAAGGGCGACACUGUAAACUUUUCAAAAUGGAUCUUAAGAAUGCAUUUCGCCUACUCCCAGUUCGGCGAGAAGAUUUCGAAAUACUGGGCAUACAGUUUAAUGGCAUGUUUUAUGUGGAAAAAGCAUUACCAUUCGGAGCUUCAGUCAGUUGCAAAACAUUUGAACAGUUUUCCUCAUUCCUUGAAUUCUGCGUUAAGAGUAAAAUGUCAUCGGGCAAGCUUAUACACUAUUUAGACGAUUUUCUGGGUGGCGAUAAAUCUGAAGUAGGUUGCCGCAAGGUGAUGGAUUCGUUUAUCAAUUGCAUGCACGAGCUAAACGUGCCGUUAGCCACCGAGAAAACAGAAGGGCCCACGGAAAUAAUCGUGUUCUUAGGCUUAGAAUUAGAUUCGGCGGAACUAGUAGUCCGCAUUCCUUAAAUAAAAAUUGUUGAGUUACAGGAAAAAAUUCACUCCAUCGUGCAGAAACAAAAAAUUAAUCUAAAGCAAAUGCAAUCGUUAAUAGGGUCUCUUAACUUCGUGUGCAGGGCAAUCCCAGUCGGCCGCCCGUUUUGCAGGAGAUUAAUUAACACCACCUGUGGCAUAACCAAAGCAUUCCACCGCAUACGUAUAACACGUGCUGUGAGGCAAGACCUCGAAAUGUGGUUGACAUUUUUGCGCGAUUAUAACGGCUUGUCGGUUUUCCAUGACCGAUACUGGAUAUCCAAUGUUGACACUGAAUUGUUUACAGAUAGUGCUGGCGGGUCUGGUUUCGGUUUUGGGAUUUAUUUUAAAGGUCACUGGUGUAACGCUCGUUGGCCUGAUUUAUGGAGGGAAAAGGGCGUAACUAGUGACAUAACUGUUCUCGAAUUAUUUCCAAUCGUAGUUGCACUGUUUCUCUGGGGCGAGGAUUUAAAAAAUAAAAAGAUUAUGUUCCAUUGCGACAAUGAAGCGGUUGUUUAUAUAUUGAACAAGUCGACUUCCAAGUCCGAUAUGGUCAUGGAUCUUAUUCGAACUCUCACUUUAAGAUGCUUGGAAAUAAAUGUUAUCGUUCGCGCCAGUCACGUACCAGGAUCUCGGAACGUAUUGUGCGAUGCGUUAUCUCGGUUUCAGAUGAACAAAUUCCGAGAGCUGGCACCGGAAGCAGACCCCGCUCCGACACCGUUUCCGGGCCAUCUGUGGAACGUCUUGAACAUACAGCAAAGGCGUUAAUGUUCAAAAGUAUGUCAGUAAAUUCGUGGCGUUCGUAUCAUACCGCCGUGUUCAACAAUUUUAGAUCUGCAUAUAGUCUAAACAACAACUGGCCCGCGGAUCAACAACAUGUUGUUCUCUUUGUAGCCUAUUGUUUUGAAAAGGGUCUAUCACCUAAAUCUAUCAAGAGCUACAUUUCGGGAUUGAGUUAUAUUCAUAAAUAUAGGGGCUGGUACGAUAUAAGUAACAUUUUUGUAGUGAAGAAAAUGCUUGAGGGCUGUUCUCGCUCGCGACAAACGGUUGAUACGCGGGCACCGAUCACUCGGAAGGUCUUGACGGUUAUAAUCUCGCAAUUAGGAAAGGUGUGUUAUAAUGACUUCGAGCGCUCACUAUUCAAUGCUAUGUUUACUCUGGCAUAUUUCGGUCUGUUCCGAGUCAGUGAAUUGGUAGCAACAGCAACAUGCAGUAAUCAGUUGCAAAUAGCCGACGUUAGGGUCACGGGGGAUAAACACGCCAUACUGGUCACACUCAGGAAACAUAAAACAAAUCAGCGCGGUAUUCCGGUCACAAUUAGGAUCCCAUACGAGCCGGAGUCUGCGUUGUGUCCAGUUCGGUCGUUUACAGACUACCUUGCAGUACGACCCCAUAGCGUCGGUCCAUGUUUUUGCCAUGUCGAUGGUCGCCCAGUCACUAGGAAUCAAUUCGCAUCUGUUUUAUCAAAGUGUCUUUUGUCUGGUCAGCUCAAUAAUCAUCAUAUCAAAACACACAGCUUCAGGAUAGGUAGAGCUACGGACCUAGCCUCAGAGGGUAUUCAGCCAACCGCCAUCAAACAGAUGGGGCGUUGGUCAUCGGAAGCGUAUAACGCGUAUAUUCGAUAGAUUUCCAGAAUAUUCGUUGAAAGCAAGUCUUUUAUUUUUCAGACAUAUGGGUAAUCGGGGACUCGAUCCCGUAUUGGGCCGGCGUUCGCGCCGUUCAGACAGGCAAGAGCAACCUGAGAAUCCCCGGCGACAAACAAAUCAGUUGGUGGGGCAUGCGCGGAAUGUCGUGGGCGCAGUUUCGGCAUGCGGUCGAGUCGAACGUCCUGUUAAAUAAAGCGCCGGACAUUCUUUUUAUACACCUAGGGGGUAACGAUCUUGCAAAUACGUCAGUGAUUAACUUAAAAA